AAGUAGAUUCUCGAAAAUUGUUUGGCCGGGUCUUUAACAUUUCAAUACUUGAUUAAAUCUUCGCAAUUAAAUUUUUUACUCUCUCGCACAUCAACAUCCGCUCGUUUACUUACCUUAAUUAUGGGAUUUGGUGCAGGAGCUUCUCGAGCCGAGAGAAAGGCAAAAAGGCGCAAGCUUGAAAAUUCGAUUCCCGACAUACCUGACGACAACGAUAUAGAAUCCAUUGACGACAGCGCUGUUUCGUCAAAGAGGAAAAGAGCCUUGGAAGAUGACGCAAACGAGGACCAAGCUAUCCCUCUAGACCACAACGAAGAUCUCGCGAAGAACAAGGAGUCCAAUCGCAAGUCCAAGAAAACUAAAACUUCAGCCGAAACGCCUUCACAGCCUGCACGGAUUAGAGAGUCAUCCCAUGUAACGGAGACUGAACCUGCUCCUAAAAAGUCAAAGAAGGAAAGAAAAGCGGAGAGAAAGGCGAGAGAGGCCGCUGAAAAUACAAUAUCCACAAACCAAGAGGCGGAAGCUGCUGCUAGAGGAAAUGAUCAAGAUACCAAGGCUCCUGGAUCCUCUGAUCAAACCACUGCUGAGAAGAAACGUGUGAAAAGCAAGAAGCAGGGAGGUGCAUCCGAUGCAAAUACAGAAAGCAAGGCUUCAAGGUUCAUUGUGUUCAUUGGUGAGAUACCUUGUACUGGAAGUUGUACCGUGCUGGAUUAAUAUAAGUUAUUAGGAAACCUCCCAUUUACUGCUACGACCGCGUCAAUAAAAAACCACUUUGCUGCCGUCAAACCUGCCUCGGUUCGUCAUCUUACAGAAAAGGGAAAUCCUACUAAAUCAAGGGGUUGUGCUUUCCUUGAGUUUGAAGGUUAUGAUUAUAUGAAAACUUGUCUCAAGCAAUUUCACCAAUCCACAUUCAAUGAUGGUAUUUCAGCACCAAGAAAGGUCAACGUUGAGCUAACGUAAGUGUGAUCUAUGCUCUAUCUUGGUGUUCCAUCUGACUGCUAUAAAGUGCCGGAGGUGGUGGUAACACAAAAGACCGCCGCUCAAAAAUUAAAGGGAAAAAUGAGAAACUGAAUGAACAACGUGUAAGACAAGCACAAGUGGUAGGCCUCUCCUCAUUUGCAUGUUCAUAUCGCUGGGCUGCAACGACUCUCAAGGCGAGAAGUGGAUUCGCUAGCAUGCUAACAGAAUUUCCAGGCCGAUAAUCCAAAACCCAGCAAGAACGAAGCGGUCGACGGGGUACAGCAUGUGUUAGCUGAGGAUAGUGGAGUGCAUCCGAGUAGGAAGGCAAGAAUUGGUGGAUGAAUUAUGAUACCCGUUUGCAAUUGCAUAUAACUGGAGGCUCAAUCAAUCAGGAAACCCGUCUCAGCAUUAAUGGAAUUCAAGAUCCUUAUUUGUUUAUUUCUUCAUUACUC